AUGCCGAGAGUGCACCGCGCCCAUCAUCACAUGCCCCCUCGUGGACACGGGGUAACCGCGCCCAGGUUCACUACAUCGUGUCAACACUUGUGCACACAACAUAAGAAGGACUCCGUCCAGGGCGAGCGCUCCGGCUCAUGGGAAGCGCUCGGAGGAGCUCUUCUGCGUAACGGGAGAGCGGGGAAUCCCGCUCCGGGACGAGGGACGAGGCUCCCGGGACGGGCGCGGGUCGUAACCCGCGUGGCCUCUGCGGCCCCCGGGGCGGGUCAGGUCGGGUUUCGGGUCGAGUGUCGCGAGCCGUGGGGGACCGUGCUCUGGUACAGCACCGUGAAAGAAGCCCCGCCCCCGUGCGGUGAUGCUGAACAGAGAGGCGCGCCGAUCGGGCCGUCCCGGCCCCCGACAGGGGUGCUGAGAGGUGACACGUCCCAGGCCGGGAACCUGUCCCGUCCAAGGCCGCCCUCUAAACGGGACCCCAAAAAGAAGUCGGCGGAAUGGAAUGGACGGCCAGCAAGGAAGGUGGAAUGCUGGGCAACACGCAUCCCCGGGACGCGCUCAGCGCUGGCGGCGGCGGCGGCUCCUCUCCUCGCGCAGCAGCCGACGGCGCGGCGGUUAGACCCCGGGAUCCGCUGCGGAGACCACAGAGUCGCUCGCUUCCUCUUCCGUCCGCCUCGGACCUCUCUCUGGGGCCCCCGGGUUGGCGAGGGCGCCCGGCGCAGGUGUUUCGGAGGUCGGCGGGCGCCCAUGGCGACGGAGGGGCGGGGCGCGUGCGGGCGGAGGGGCGCGCGGCUGAUCCGGAGGCUGCUCUGCUGCGCCUGCGUCCGGCCGGCGGAGAGGCAGUCCGCCCCCUCGGCCUCCAGCGGGGCGCAAGCCCGCCGGGAACGGGAGGAGGAGGAGGACUGGGGCAGCGUGCGGAUAACGGUGGAGGACCUGGGCACGGUCAACCCCGGCUUCGUCCCCACGGAGGACGGCGGCCCCGCGGCGGUCAGGACGGCAGUGGGCCGCUCGGCCAGCCUGGUGCGGGCGUGCCAGCGGGCGUGGCAGAAGAGGAAACUCGCGCCCCUCCCUUCUCUGCCCCUUCAGCCCGAGCUGAGCUUUCCCGACGGGGAGGAGGAGGGGGAGGAGGAGGAGGAGGAGGAGGGGGGCGACGCCCCAGUUUUCGAGGAGGGGGAGGGGCCCGGCGACGAGACCGACGGCGCCCUCCUCACCCUGCCGCUCAUCAACCUGAUCCCGCCCACGCCCUCUGACGUCAUCGAGGACGACCAGUUCUUCGACGUCAACUCGGAGGAGGACAGCGCGGCACACACGUCGGGCAGCGAGUGCGUGGACAGCGUGAGCAGCCAGGGCCUGGGGGAGCAGGACAGCGUGAGCAGCCAGGGCCUGGGGGACCAGGACAGCGCCGGCCAGCGGUCGCCCCCGCCCGAGGGCCCUGAGGGCCCCCCCGAGGAGGGGGUGACAAAGGGCCCCCCAGCGAUCACCGCCACAGAGGACAACUACACCGCUGAAGACAGUUUCCACGGCUACCCUGACCAGACCAAGGAGCCAAUCAAAGACGCGACCAAGGAGCCAAUCAAGGAGCAGGCUAAGCAAGACUUCCUGAGGAGCUCCUUUCAAGUACCUCCCCUUCCUGAAUACCCAAGGAAGAGGAGCUUCAACACUGGGAUAAAUCUGCUACAGUUCACGGAGCAGAACUUGGAUGACCUGAACAACAAGGAUGUGAAUAACCACGAGCUUCUGAAGGCCAAGCUGCGACUGCUGCCUCUCGACGCUAAGAUGGAACUUCGGAAACCAGCUGCUCGGACGUGCAGCCUGGGGGACAACGUCACCAGAAGCCACACCUACCACUCCGUGACCACACGGUCAGAGGAGAUGCCAGAGGAGGAGGGAUCGCCGCGGCAACGACGGAUAACCGUUGCCUCAUACAUCCCUCAAACCAAGGACAGGAACGGAAACUUCGCAGGAAAGGCAAACUACGGAGACUCAGGCAGACACUCAGGGGGAGAUCGUGCCAAGCCUUUGGUGGAGCUGGACACAGAGGGGGUCUGUCGAUGGUUUGCCAGCAUUGGACUGCAGAAAUGCCUUCCUUUCAUCAGAGGAGCCAAUCUGUGCGGGUCCCAUAUUGCAACCGUUGACCCCAAUAUCCUGGAGGUCCUUCACGUGUCGGCUCUGGAGGAGAGAGAACUGCUGCUCUCAGCGAUCUAUAAGGAACUCCAUCCCCCAGACAGCACCACAGAAAAACUGGACACCCUACUGGAAUCCAUUGGUCCCCACAAUGUUGAGAAAUUCACUGCUGCUUUAGUCUCUAUGAGCAAAUCCAAAUCCUCCCCUCACGUCAACUGCGCCAGCUCUUCUCGUUCCUCCUUUAAGUUCAGAGACAGGAGCCGACUUUCCACCAUACAGAGGAGCUCUCACCUGGUAGAGAUAACCAUACACGCUCUGGAGCAGAUAGUUCACCUGAGAACGCCUAAGGACACCACCGUGGGGAAAGUAAUGGAGUCCUGCCUGAAAACACUGGGAGUGACAGACAGCAGAGAGCUCUUCAGCCUCAGGAGCAAACUGGGGCCGUUGGCUGAACUCUCAUUCGACCAACAGAUUGGGGAUCUGCUCGGCUCAGAAAAGAGACUGCUGGAGCUAAACUUGCUUAAAAAGGGUAACCACAGGACCAAAGAGGAGAAGAUCCGAGAGCUAAACCAACAUGUGGACUCACUUCAAAAUGUCAUUCACCAGGUCCAGGAGCUCCACCAGAGCCUGGUGUCCUUCUGUGGGGAGCUGAGGAACAUGGAGAGCGAGCCGGGCCCGGACGCCGCGGGCCCCAGCGAGGUGGAGGCCCAGCUGGAGCUGGUCCAGAGCAGGCUCCAGGAGAGACAGCAGAGCGUGCAGGCCGCCCAGGACAGGCUGAGCAGCUUAGAGACGCGCAAGGACAGACGCCCAGAGGUCCACCUGCUUGAUAAGAUGAAGCUGGAUUGCCAGAUAUUCAAAGAGGAGAUCACCAUCAUUCACCUCAAUCGGCAGGUGGCCAGACUCAAGACUACACUGCAGGAGUUCCAGGCCAAGGAGCAGCCUAAGAGGCAGAGUCUGACUCUGGGCCAGCUGGUCUCGCCGCAGUGCCCCGCCGUGCUGCUGAUGACCCAGGAGACGCGGCGCGCGGACGGCGGCUACGGAUUCACCGCCCGCUUCUCGCAGGAGGCCGGCCUGGUGGUGGUCACCGCGCAGAACACACAGCUCUGCGUGCAUGACAGGCUGGUGGAGGUGAACGGGGUGAGCGUUCUGGAGAGUGGGGAGGAUGAGCUCAGUGACCUCCUCUUCCGCCGACCCAGCGCCCGGAUCGUCGUCCUGCGCAAACCCCCUCCCCUGCCCCCCAAGCCUGGGCGUGUUCCUGAGCCCGUCCACACCCAGCCCCAGGGUGACCACCCGCCUACCACCACCCCUCCCCACCGUCAGGUGCUAGCGACCUGACGCGUCACCCCCUGCACCAUAGCACGCUUCCCUUGCAAUUUUCAUUUGAAAUCUCAAACAGUUUGGAGACUUUUGUUUUGUCACAUCUACAGUAGGGAGGGGGGAAAAUGCUGUUUUAAGAGGAUAGCCUGCUUUAGAAGACCUUGUACAAUGUGCACAAUAUGUGUACGAUGUGUACAAUGAGUCUAUUCCCGUUUUGUUAUUUAGUAUUUUCAUGUUCUUAUGAAAUGUAAGUAGAUAUUUGCCGU